AUGGCAGACGAAUCAAAAGACGAGCCACAACAAUUCCCAAAUUUCCCUUUGAAUAUCACGAUUAAGCAGGAGAAACCGAGUCCGAAACGACCUUCAGUCACGGACGAGCCUGCUAAUGGUGAGCAUUCAAACGGAAUAUUUGCGUCGAAUCAGGAGGACAGCAAAAGCUCGUUGUCCUUGGAUCCGCCCCCGCUAAAGUCGAGUGAUGAAAUUUUAGCAGAGUUAUUUGGCGUCUUCAAUGCAGAAGUGCCCGAAAUUUUAGUUGGAGGCGAUGGCAAGCACAGCAAGAAAAGCAAAAAAGAAAAGAAACACAAAAAGAUCAAAGAAGAACCGAAAUCUGGCGAUGAAGGCACAAGCGAGAGUGAAUCGAGUGACGAUUUUGACGUAGCAGCUGAUGGAUCAAAGACCAAAAAGGUCAAGAAAAAGAAGAAGAGCAAGAAAAAAUCCCGCGAAGGCUCCGUAGACUCAAAGGGCGAGAAGAAAAAGAAGCACAAGAAACACAAAAAGCACAAAGUCAAGAAGGAAAAGACGAGCGACGCCGAAGAAGGCGAAAUUCGAGUCAAAAAAGAAAAGUCUGAGGAGAAGGAGAAGAAAAAAUCCAAAAGCGACAAAGACAACAAAGAAGAUUUACGAGAUUUACUCAAAAGUCGGAAGCACAGUAGUCGAGAUCGCAGUCGGGAACACGACUCAAUCCGCAAAGAAGUCAAAGAAAAGCCCAAAAUCCAAAUAAAAAGUCUCGUCAACAGCACAAUUCUUAAAGAUGCCAUAAAAGCAGCUGAUGAUCGGCAUCGCAAGCAUGAACGCGAUGAUCGCCGAGACGAGCGGAAACGCAAAAAGAGCGAAUCAGACAUCAGUUUAUCCGACGAGGAAGACAGUCGCACAUCAAAACGUUAUCGAAACCCCUUUUCGAACCCCAUCAAGUCGGAAACGUCAUCGCGUUCCAACAGAUUUUACGAUGGCUAUUACGAAAGUUAUCGCCAUGGACGCCGCCGAAGCAGAUCUCGCAGUUACGAUAGACGUCGUCGUCGAUCACGAAGUCGUUCGGGACACAGAUUGGACAUCGAUAAGAAGCAAUUGUUGGAAAUAGCGCGAAAAAAUGCCAUUCAGAUGCUCAAAAAUGGAACAUUGCCCGGCGUUCAAAGCUUAGCGCAAGAAACUAAGGAUAAAUUAAUGGUUAAAGUUAAAUACGGAGGAAAAUCCGUAGCUGAACUAACAGACUAUUGCAAAAAGCUGUCAAACGGCGAAAUUGGCGACUCGGAUAUCUCCGACGUGGAUAGCGAUGUCGAAGAACGGGCUUUCCAUCAUCCCUUCGAGCUGAAAGAUUAUCGUGAACCGAUAAUUAUGAACAUUCGCAACUCCGUACCGAUUCAACCGAAGUCAGCAAGUGAGAAAAAGGAACUUUUAAAGCUUUUCCCUGUCUCGUCGGGGCAAGAACAUCGCAAAACCGAGCUCGAAUGGGUUCCUGUUACUCCUCCGCCUGCUGCGAUCGAACCAAAAGCUCCGUUAGCAGCAAUAAUGCCAGCUCCAGUUGCUGCUCCAAUUGUUCCUUUACUAAAUCCUCAACCUCAAGCACCUCCAAAAGUCGUUGAACCGCUUCCUGUUCCUGCUGUCGUCCCGACAACUGAUGUUCCGGGCAUUGCGCCGUUAGAACCACCCCCAUUGCCGCCCUCGUUGCCAAGCAGAAAUCCCCAAGUGGAUUUAGAAAUUGCCAAUUCGUGGAAAAGUAGCGAUUUUGGACUUGCUGGUUCGUCAAAUGCGACGAAUUCGGGUCCAGCGGUGUUUAAUCAACCAGCACAAGAUUUGGAUGUUUCACAAAUAAUAACGAUGAGAUUAGAUGCCAUGAGACGAUUACAGGACAACCCAAGUGAUAUCGGGGCACAAAGAGUACUUGAAGAUACCCAAAAUAACAUGUCAGCAUGGGCUUCAUCUAAAUACACGCCAGGACAAUUCCUCGGAAGUACAGGUGCCAAUUUGUUAUCUGCCAAGGAGCUUGCUGGAUGGGGCAAUAAAGCGUAUGCAAAGAAGGACACUCUGACUUCAACUAAGCCAGUUGAAAGUGGAAUGGGCAUGCAUUUGUUACAGAAAAUGGGAUGGCGUCCCGGCGAAGGCUUAGGCAAAGACAAAUCUGGAUCUCUUCAGCCUUUGUUACUUGAAGUCAAAAAUGAUCGUCGUGGUCUUGUAGCAGGAAAUGAGAACUCACGAAUGAAGAAAGCAGUCAAACGUCCUCUUCGCAUGAAUCUCGAAGGAAAGCAUCCCGUGUCAGUUCUUGGUGAAAUUGCGGCAAAACGGAAAUGGGGAGUCCCCCAAUUUGAUGUGGCGACAGAACAAGGACCGGGACAUGCGAAAUUAUUCGUGUACAAAGUCAGAGUAAACGGAAUGGAAUAUCAGCCAGCCAUUGCGAGCAAUACGAAGAAAGAAGCAAAAGCUGUGGCAGCAAAGUUUUGCCUUCAACAAAUGGGAAUUUUACCGACUUAGAAAUUUUUUGUUAAUUUUUUAGAAGUUUCUUUGAUUAAA